AUGAAACAAGAAUAUACUGCUGAUCAAAAAGAAUUAUGUAAAUCUCCAUUAACCCCAGAUUUAUCGAAAGCUGCUCGUCGAUUACAUGCCAAUAAAUAUAAACAAUUACAAGCAACAUUAAAUAGAUUUGUAAUUUGGCAUCCGAUUGCAAUCAUAAUUUAUACUACUGUUAUUCCAUCAAUUCUUGUUUAUAAAUUAUGGGAAUUUGUUGAAGUUUCUGAUUCAUUAUUAGAAUUUGUGUUUUUAUUAAUGAAAAACCCGAGAGAUUUUAUAUUUAAUGUUGUAUCUGGUUUCCCUAUGAUUGCUGGUAUUUUUGGUAUUUUUGGAUUUUUUACAUUUAUGAUGGGUGAUGAUAUGGGAUCAAUUCAAAAUAAAAUGAUUCUUGGUGAUUAUAAUGAUAGUUUAUUUGGAUUUGAUUAUAGAAAAUUUAUGAAUUUAGAUAUUCAUACUAAAGAUAAAGAAGAUAAAGAAUUUUUAAAAAAUGGUUUAAAUACUCAAAUUAUUGAAUAUUAUGAUGUACCAAUUGCUAUUUGUACUUUAGUUGCUGAUGAAAAACAAUCAACUCCAGAAAAUUUUAUUGUUAAGAUUACUGGGUUGACAGUAUUGAAAAAAUAUGAAAUGGUUGAUUUUGAUUCUUUAUUACUUGAAUGGGCAGUAUUAAGAUCUCAUGAAUUAUAUGAUGAAUAUGCUAAGAAUAAAAAGAAGGUUGAAAAUGGUACAAUUUUAAUCUUGAUUGAAGCUUAUUCAUUUGAUAAACAAUUACUAAAAACAUUAUCAAAGAAUAAUUUCGGUGUAAUGGACAAGACUUAUGAAUUAAAUCCAUUUACACCAGUUUUAAGUAGUGGAAAGGAAAAACUUCAUCAAUUCUUAAGUAUAUCAAGAGAUACUUUUGGAUUAUUAUUAACCACUAAUAAAGAAGAUAAGAAAGUUAUGGAUAACAUUAAAGAUCAAUUCUUAAAUAAAGAAGAAGAAUUGAUUGUUGAACAUGAAAAUUUACCUGAAGGUAUUAGAAAGAGGACAUAG